AUGCCCUCCCUCACUGGGGCCCAUAUCUUCACUGGUGCCUGGGUUGAUUGGUCACGGGGUGCUGUCCUUGGUAGCACCCUCACCCUUUCCUCUCGUUGGGCGUCUGUCUUAACAGCCUUCCUUGCUCUUUUUGUCACCAUUGUCAGCUCUUGUUUGUGGAGAAUUCUCAGCUACACGAUACAUCAAUUAUCCUCCACCUCCCAGGCCAGGGAUGGCUUGCAUCACCAGCACCAGUUGAUCUUCCGCAACUCUACUUCCCCAGCAGAAGCAACCAAGUCCUUCACUGAGACUGCCUGGCAUUGGCGAAGAGCCGGUCGGAAACCAUGGUCCCGAUCCUUACCCCUCGCCAUCUUGGCCCUGCUCUUUAUGAUUGCUUUCAGCGCUGCGUCCGUCUUGACUGGUCUCAUCACCCAGGCUGCUGGUGCCCAGAGACUCAUUGUAAGUGACUCGUGUGGUUUCUGGGCUGUCAAUGCUUCUGCAGAUAUCAACUCCCGCACCGUCGCCAUGCAGAACAAAGAUCUCAAUGAUACCAUCCUUGCUGCUUCCUAUGCCCGUCAAUGUUACGCCCAAGCCUCUAGCUUCAACAAUCUGCGCUGCAGCACUUAUACAAAACCGAGCAUCCAAUACACAGCAUCAGAAGUCUCUUGUCCCUUUGCCGAUCCCUCCAUCUGCUCCGCCCCUCGAGCCUUCCAACUCGAUUCAGGAGUUAUUGACUCUCACAACGACUUGGGUAUCAAUGCCCCCCAAUCGGGACGAGUUGGGUUCCGCCAUGUCGCUACGUGCUCACCACUCAAAGUCACCCAACAGUAUGUCCAAGUGAUCAACUCUACCGGUCUCGAUGGGCUGGGAUUAGCAGGCGACCGUAUCCGCCAGUACCAGUAUGGAACAUACACCGAUGCCGGACUAGGAAACAAUAUCACUUACAUGUACAAUCAACACGCGUUGAUCGAUGGCUUCGGCUAUGAAUUGGUGGCAACACAGGCCCCCUUGGAUGCCACACAGUGGACAUCGAUCCCUGAACUCGACCAAACAUCGGCCGACCUCACCUUGAUCUUUCUCGCCUCGAAUUCGAUCAAGUAUACGUAUCCGACUAAUGAUCCGUUCUUUUCCGCCAAUUUUCGCGUCGAUCUCGGCACUUUUGCUGGGGUCGACUUAUCGUACUAUUCCGCGGAUGAAUAUGUCAGCGUCAUGGCGUGCCAGGACCAGUAUCAGUACUGUAGUGUCAACAUGGCCGAAAAUCAAUGCACCCCACUCACAGGCUACCAACAAGCGUACAGCUACAUCAAUGAGACAUCAUCGAUCUCUCUCAACUUCAAUUCCCUACAAUUCGCCGUUGCUUCCCGCCUCAUUCUCACAUCUCGGGCCCUGAGUAUCUAUCACUCAAUUGGCGGCCGGGGCGCGUCAGCCCUCCUUGCCAGUGAAACAGUUCAGAACCAGAAUCAGCUAUCCGAGCUGACUUCUACUCAAUGGCAGCGCGAGGUCUCGGCCUGGUACGACGUGAGCCUAGCUAAAUUGCAACGCAGCGCUGUCGAAUAUGCCGCUUCGAGUGUCUCAAAAGACACAUUUCCGCCUGGUACUUACCUGGAGGAGCCAUUUGAUGCGGCCACCAAGGCCAUGUGUUAUUCACAGAAGGUCGGGGUUCUAGGUGACACCGUGUCAUUUUCAGUGUUGGGGUUGGUGAUUGUCUUUGCUGUCGGGAUAGUCAUUAUCAUUGUGUUUUUCUUGCUUCAGCCGACUGUAUCCUGGCUGCAGUCCCGAGGCGUACGUGGCGGUCCUGGCUCGUUUCGACGUGUUCGUUGGAUCUUGGAUGACAAAUUGCAGGUUCAGAGGAUGAUGUUUGAGGAGGCUGGUAUGGGUGGCAAGUGGACCAAUCUCGACGGGCAUGUACCCGUGACCGAGGCGAGGGAUGUCAUAUUCGGCGGUCUCGAGGGUGUUGACUUCAAGGAGCCCAGAUUGGGUAGAAGCCAGACAUUUGCCCAUGACAAAAUGAGCCAUGACGAGACACGGUACGGCGGCGUCCAGACAGCGCUAUGGCAAGGCCAACCAACGUCGCAGCAACCGCAACAAGACCUCCAGCUGUACUUCCCACCUCCCCCCACAGAUCAUCGGUUCGAUUCUCCCACUUUGCCAGAGAGUAGUGGGCACUUUUCCCCGGGCCCGUUGGGCAGGGGAAUUGCAACCCCGAUGCAAUUUGAAAAGCCACCACACCAGACUCAGGUGUAUCAAAAGCCAGUCUAGCGCGCCCUAAACCCUAAUCACAGACGCAGCCAGGAGAAAGGCCUAGAAAGAUGGAUAGAUGGAUUACAAGCUAAUGUCAAGAACCUCGUCGGCCCCUAAAGAUAUCUCAGUAUCUAGUCUGACUUGUUAAUUCUAUCGUGAGGGUUGCUUGCUUGAUAGCCGGCAGUGACAUGGGCACACCUGUUUAUAAAGUUGUAAUGCAA